CACCUGGAACCAGUGCGAGGGACCAAUGGAUCCCUGUGCCUCGAUUUCCACCCGCCCGGAGGUGCUGAGCGUGGAGAACAUCGCCAAGCUAAAUCUUCUCCGCUGUCUGUGAUUCUGGGAAGAGAGGGAAAGCGCAGAGCGUGUCUCGUCUCUUCGGAUCGUCCCCGGCUGGGGAUCCAGUCGGUAACCUCCAGAGCGAGGCUGAUGUACCCCGAGAGCUUGAAGUGAAGAACCGUCUUCUACAGCAGGGAGCCGAAGAGACAAGGCCCAGCUGCAGCAAGGUGGGAUCCCCUCGGUUAGUGAGCCAGAGUCUGAGUCAAUUAAGACGGGGCCAACAUGGGUUCUCAGUUGGGCAAGACCCAUCAGCUGAGCACUGGUAGCCUGCGGGAGGUGAGGAGGGAAAUGGAGUCCAGCGACAUGAUGAGCGAAUCGCUUGACAAGAUCUUCCAGUGUGCGGAGGAGCAUUUCGCCAAGGAGCCCGACUGCGUGAAGAACAACGCCAAGAUGACGCUCCACUGGAACGGGAAAUCGCUGGUGUUUGUGUCCGGCCGAGGAGUAUGCGAAAUUAAUGUCUCGUAUAAACAGGGCUCUGGGAAACCCAGCUAUAAUGUCACCUCGCAUAGCUUGAAUAUCUUUCUAGGGAGGAUAUCAGCUGGCCUGAGGGUCCUGAGCCUCGCAAACCUGGAAGGAGCCCGGAGGAGCCUGGAUUUAUGGGAGGAGACACCCAAGAGUCUGAAAACCUGCUUUGACUGCGCCAUCUGGGGCUUCCGGAAGGAGCCCGCGUGCGUGCAGGAGAACGCGAAGCUGGUGAUCCAUUGCAGCAGGAGAAAUCUGCCGUUCAUCUCUGGGAAGGGCGAAUGUGAGAUCAGCGUGUCCUACAGUGAUGGGAAACCGGUCUACACCGUCAAGGAGCCCACAGGGGAGGUUUACCUGGCACGACUCGGCACCCGCCCUGCACCUCUGAGCGUCUCGAGUGUAGUGAGGGCUCGCAACACGUUGGAGUCCUUUGGGUGAUGACGCAGGAGCUGAGGGGCUGCUUGGAAUAUGCUCUGGAAGCCUUGGAGGAGGCACCUAAGCGUGUUCAGGAGAAUGCGCUGAUGUUGCUCGAUACCACCAGAGGCAGGAUGAUGUUCAAGUCUGGGAAAGGGGAGAUUACAAUCACCGUCUUCUCCAUGAACGGGGAAUUCACGCAUGACGUCAAAAUGCCCAAAACCAACCGCCCGCCAAGAAAGUGAGGAGGAAAAGAAAAGAAAAUUGGAAUUUGCCAAGAGGCUUUGCCCUUCAGAGCAGGAUUCAACCUGAGAGUAUCUUAGCUGGAUCUAGUGUCGCCAACUUUCUCCAUUUCAUCGCCAUAUUUUGUGUUAUGCUCAAAGCCCCCAGCUCCAAGAGUCAAGGGAUUUCCGGAGAAUCUCAGCUUUCAUUUUUUUAAAAAUGGAGGUUGCGUGGAAAAGCCAGAAAAGUGACACUGAAAAUUGCAAAACCAGGCAGUAAAUGAGCUGGAUGAAACGUGUUGUUGUUGUUGUUGUUGUUUAAAAUCUCACCAUUUUUAAGCCAGUCUCAUGCUUUCUGGGUCCUGAUUCGUGAUUUUUGAUCACUUGGGCUUGGCAAGACUGGGACUAAAGGAGAAACCAACACUUUUCCAAGGAUUCCUUCACAUCCUCCAGCUCCACGUGUAGAGAUGGUUGACGUUUUUUAUAGAGAAACUUUUUUUCUAACCUCGACAAAUAUUUUUUUCACAGAAUCCAAAAGAUUUUUCCCAAAACUUUUUUUUUUGAGGAAUUUGUAGGAAAUUAAUUGUACAUGAACUUAAAAACACACACAAACACACUUUCUUUCAGUUUUCAUUUUCCAUUUGUUUUUGGUCACCAUAGUGUGAUGCAGUGCAGAAUGAAAUUGUGACCUCUACAUCUAAAAGAGGACAGGUCUACAUUAGCUCCAUGAUUCGGGUUGGUCCAAGAUUUUGUUUUGUUUUUUCAGUCACCUUUGCCUGAAAACCAAAAAUGAAUUUUGAGAUUGACACAUUUUCAGUUGUUAAAGUGAGUUACCCAUUAUUCAAGUAGAAGAAAGAGGUGUGUUAUUCACUCAUGUUGAACGAACCCAAGUUAAUUACCUUCUGUUACGAGCUUUCACUGGAAAAAAGUGUGUUUUUACACCCGAAUAGCAAUUUUAAUGUAAACUCUUUGGGUAUGUCUAGACUACCCGCCGUAUCGGCGGGUAGUGAUCGAUUUCUCGGGGAUCGAUAUAUCGCGUCUCAUCUAGAUGUGAUAUAUCUAUCCCCGAACUAGCUCCCGUCGACUCUGGAAUUCCACCAACCCAAAUGGCAGUAGCAAAGUCGACAGGGGGAGCCGCGGACGUCGA